CCGAGUGCCGGGCGGAUAGAGAGCGUCAGUCGGCCGGAGCACGGACCUGUGUGCGCCUGGACUUGGGGCUCGCUCGCUAGCUCGCUCGCUCCCGGGAGCCAAGCAACUUCCGCGGCCGUAGCUGAGGCGACGGAGAACACCACCGGCGGGCCCUCGCGGUGGCCAGGCCUUCCCUGCGUGCGUUCCGGUCGCCCUCGGAGUCGGCCCAACCCGCCGCCGCUGGAGGCGUGAGGUGACGACGGGCGAGUGCCGCGAGCAGCCUUAGCCGCCGCGGCCUCCGGUCCUCCCUCCGCCUCCUCCUCUGCCCCCCCCCGCUUCCCUCCUCCCACUUCCCGAGCUCCGGCGUGUCCCGGCCACGCUCGGUGCUACUGCAGGAACAAAGGAGGACCCCGCGGCGGCGGCAGCGCCACCUCCGCCACCGACCCGCUCCCGGCCCGCGGCGGCCGCUCCAGAGCGCCCGGCUCGCCCCUCCCGGAGGCCUGGGCCCGGCCCCACCGCGCCGGCGUCGCGCGCGAGCCCGGCUCCUGCACUCCUGCCCCCGCAGGCAGAAAAAUAUGGCUCAGGAGACUAACCAGACUCCAGGGCCCAUGCUGUGUAGUACAGGAUGUGGCUUUUAUGGAAAUCCUAGGACAAAUGGAAUGUGUUCCGUUUGCUACAAAGAACAUCUUCAGAGGCAGCAGAAUAGUGGCAGAAUGAGCCCAAUGGGAACAGCUAGUGGUUCCAACAGUCCUACCUCAGAUUCUGCAUCUGUACAGAGAGCAGACACUAGUUUAAACAGCUGUGAAGGUGCUGCUGGCAGCACAUCUGAAAAAUCAAGAAAUGUGCCUGUGGCUGCCUUGCCUGUAACUCAGCAAAUGACAGAAAUGAGCAUUUCGAGAGAGGACAAAAUAACUACCCCGAAAACAGAGGUGUCAGAGCCAGUUGUCACUCAGCCUAGUCCAUCAGUUUCUCAGCCCAGUACUUCUCAAGGUGAAGAAAAAGCUCCUGAGUUGCCCAAACCAAAGAAGAACAGAUGUUUUAUGUGCAGAAAGAAAGUUGGCCUUACAGGGUUUGACUGCCGAUGUGGAAAUUUGUUUUGUGGACUUCACCGUUAUUCUGACAAGCACAACUGUCCUUAUGAUUACAAAGCAGAAGCUGCAGCAAAAAUCAGAAAAGAGAAUCCAGUUGUUGUGGCUGAAAAAAUCCAGAGAAUAUAAAUUACUACUUGUGAAGAGACUGAAACUUUGUUUUUAUUUUAAUAUAUCGUAGGAAAACAUUAAAGAGCAGAUGCAUGGCCAUUUUCCUUUGAUGUUCUCCAGAGUUUUACUUUACACUUGUCUGUCUUAUAAUUGAAAUUUUAGGAUGUUUGGGUGUUUGUUACAGGCAGAAAUGGAUAGAUACAGCCCUACAAAAUGUAUAUGCCCUCCCCUGAAUAAAAUUGGAUGGAAAUCUGCACAGCAAAUUGAAAAUACACAGAUAGGGACAAAAUUUCGUUCCCAUGUGCCAAACAUAAUACAUGAAAUCUCUGCAUGUUUGCAGCAUAUCUGCCUUUUGGGAAUGUAAUCAAGGUAUAAUCUUUGGCUAGUGUUAUGUGCCUGUAUUUUUUUAAAAAAUGGUACACCAGAAAAGGACUGGCAGUCUACUUCUACCAUAGUUAAACUUCACCCUGUUAAUUUCCACAACAUGUUCUUUGGAAGCAGGAGGAAAACUAUAAAGAGGAUCAGAUCUUUCCAUGAAACCAGUAUUUGGUGCCAUAUGUAGACCUGGUUAAUUUGUCUUCUAAAAGCUGUCAAAUAAGACAUUCUGUGAAAGGUAAACAUCGCAACUGGUUAUCAUGAGUAAAGCCUUCAGGCCCACAGGGUCUUGAGUGAUCUUUGACGCUUACUGUGCUAGCCUGCACCAGAAGAUGUCUGCAUUACUCUCAUUGCUAAAAAUGUUGUGUAGCACAGAACUGCACUGGGAUUAAUUUGUUUACAAGAAGAAAUUAAAACUACAUUUGGUUUUUACAUACAGCAGCUCUAUUGAAUAACAUGCAUCUGAAUUUUAAGUUGCAAAGGUAUCUGAAAAGUUAAUUUUUCAUGUGCAUCUUUUGUUGAAUGUUUUGGUUCAAGAAAGAAUGUUUAAAGCUUUUUUAAAGACUUCAGUUCUUAAUGUAACUGUACCCUUCUGCAUGGAGAACCCUAACCAACACGGCUGCAGUAGACUUCUUAGUGGUAUCCAGCACCACGUGCAGAGGGCCGCUUUAUCAUAUUAAUUGUACUUGGGUGUAGGACUCUAGUGUUCUUGGGUGUAUUGCAUGGGCUGCAUUAUCUACAGCAUUGUACAAUAACAACUAGAAGAGGCAGUAUACUUCACUGAUGCUUGUCUGGUAAUAUCACUUCUGUGUUAUAAUGGAAGGUUUUUGUGAUGUAUGAAACUUGUGUUUUUUAUAUAUAAAUGAGUAUAGUUAGAUUAGUAUUGUGGUAAUGCCUGUUUUCAUCUGUAAAUAGUUAAGUAUGUACACGAGGCACUACUUCUGAUUUAUUGCAGUGUUCGGUCCUAGUUUUUACUUUAAUUAAAGCAUUCGGUUUUGCUUUCAAUUUUAUGUACCUUAGUUCUGAGUUAGAUCUGCAGAUGUGUACAGAUAGUUCAUAUUUAUGUAUUGCACAUAAUCAUGCUAUUCAGCAUUGAUGCUAUAUUGUAUUAUGUAAAUAAUAAAAGCCAUGUACAGAGGGAA